AUGGACGACCCCAUUAACAGUAUAAACUUUAGACCGUCCCCUCGCGUUUCACAUCCUGUUUGUACACUACGUUAUGAUGGAGUGGAGGGGCUGAUCUACCUGGUGCUGUUCUCCUUCGUCACAGCUCUCAUGUUCUCCUCCAUCGUCUGCAGUGUGCCACACACCUGGCAGAGCAAGAGGACGGAUGAUGAGGAUGGAGAAGAUGAGUCUGCUGCRCAAGGCAAUCGGGGGGCGGGUCCUCAUGAUAACCUGUACCGCGUGCACAUGCCCAGUCUCUACAGCUGUGGUAGCAGCUACGGCAGCGAAGCUAGCAUCCCCGCUACGGCCCACACUGUCAGCAAUGCCCCUGUCACUGAGUACAUGACCCAGAACGCAAACUUUCAGACCCCCAGGUGUGAGAACACGCCUCUGAUUGGCAGGGAAUCCCCUCCACCCUCUAUAAUACGUCUCAGAUUCACCUGAACAGACCACAGUGGGUUGGAAAGCAGAGCCAACCAACGGACCAACCAGCCCAACUCACCAGAACAGAACCUCAACUCAUCAGCCAACCAACACCAACCUACCUACAGACUCCAGAAGAUCACCAUGAACCUUGUAGAUCUCACCCCCCCACCCCAGCUCAGCUCCUCAGCUCCAUCUUCCCUACAACCGUCCCACAGUCCCACAGUCCCACUCAGCUCUACACCAUCUCAAGCUGGAUCCUCCACCUCUUUACCAAGUAUACUGCCCUCUGGUGGUGACUGCCAGUAUGAGCCUGUUUAUUAAGUAUACUGCUCUCCGGUGGUGACUGCCGGUAUGAGCCUGUUUAUUAAGUAUACUGCCCUCCGGUGGUGACUGCCGGUAUGAACCUGUUUAUUAAGUAUACUGCCCUCCGGUGGUGACUGCCGGUAUGAGCCUGUUUAUUAAGUAUACUGCCCUCCGGUGGUUGACUGCCGGUAUGAGCCUGUUUAUUAAGUAUACUGCCCUCCGGUGGUGACUGCCGGUAUGAGCCUGUUUAUUAAGUAUACUGCCCUCCGGUGGUGACUGCCGGUAUGAGCCUGUUUAUUAAGUAUACUGCCAUCUGGUGGUGACUGCCGGUAUGAGCCUGUUUAUUAAGUAUACUGCCCUCCGGUGGUGACUGCCGGUAUGAGCCUGUUUAUUAAGUAUACUGCCCUCUGGUGGUGACUGCCGGUAUGAGCCUGUUUAUUAAGUAUACGGCCCUCUGGUGGUGACUGCAGGUGUGAGCCUGUUUAUUAAGUAUACGGCCCUCUGGUGGUGACUACAGGUGUGAGCCUGUUUAUUAAGUAUACGGCCCUCCGGUGGUGACUGCAGGUGUGAGCCUGUUUAUUAAGUAUACGGCCCUCCGGUGGUGACUGCAGGUGUACACACAUCCUGUAUAGAACUGUAAAUAGUGAAUUAGUAUGAGUUACAUUCUGGAGGAAGACUCAACUGAAACAUGGUGGUAUAUAGAUGUAUUUAGAGUGUGUGUUUCCAAGGACUGAGGCUGUAUCACAUUCUAGGCCACACACACACACACACACACACACACACACACACACACACACACA